UCUCCAAAUCCGCCCACGCGAUCGUCCACUGCUACUUUCCCCUCUCAAUGCUUGGAACCUCUUUCACUCAACUACUGUCGAUGUCCCUCUGACGACCUUACUGGCUUCUACUUUCGGCUUUUUGUCAAGGAUACCGGGCUUCUCGCCCACCUCUGCCUUCCUAUCGCCAUGAGAUUAGCGGCAUAUACUGGGGCCUCAGUGGCCCUAGCCACGGGCGUUUUUGUAAAGGCGCUUCAUCAGAGGGCGAACUUUUACUCUGCUUGCGUUUACCUUUCCCAGAGCAGCGCCAAUCUCAUGAUACUUACAAACGUAUGCCUGUUAGCGGCUGGCUUCCUUCUUUUUUGGCUUCAACGCCUCCUUUACGGCCCCUUGCGACCCAUUGAGACCGAGCAGUUGUACGAGAAGGCAUGGUUCGCGGUUACGGAAACGUGUCUGGCCAUGACAAUAUUUCGCGGGGAGUUGGGUGGCUGGUUCUUGGUAAUGUUUGUGUGCCUACUCGUUGGGAAGGUUUGGGGCUGGAUUGGAGAAGGCCGUGUGGAAUUUCUGGAACAGCAACCUCCAGCUAAUCCUCGCUUGUUCCAUACUCGGCUUGCAAUCUCCCUACUCCUAUCGGUCUUGUUCAAUUCGUUCAUGCUAAAGUACUGCGUUCGGACUGUUCUUGAACAAGCACGUCCGGACAUGAUGGUCAUGUUCGGCUUUGAGUUCGCUAUUCUCACCAUUUUAUCGAGCUCGACUGCUGCCAGGUACUCGAUCUCUCUAGUAGAAAUUUAUGUGAACCAUCAACAACUGAAGGCCAAGAUCGAGGAGCGUCGCCAGGAGAUUCGAGCCGCCAGACAGGAGGCCAUUCGCCGGAGUGCGCAAGCGGGAGAACUCUCGCCACCCUCCAAUUUGCCCGAUGAGAACGAUAUCAAUGAGAUGGAACUUGAUGUUGCAGGGUGGGAAGAAAAAGGCCGAUGGGUUUUCUACCUCGAUCUACUAACCGACUUUCUGAAGUUGACGGUGUAUCUCACUUUCUUUGCCAUUCUCUUCACUUUCUACGGGCUGCCAAUUCAUAUCCUGCGCGACGUCGUGGUGACAAUUCGCUCCUUUGGCCGAAGAAUUAUGGAUUUCCUCCGGUACCGCAAUGCAACCCGUGACAUGAACGAGCGAUAUCCGGAUGCCAGAGCGGAGGAGAUCUCACGAGAAGAAGUUUGCAUUAUUUGUCGUGAGGAAAUGACACACUGGCAGCAACCUGCGGAAGGAGCUGGGCAGCCGAGAGGGCGGGUUUCCGAGAGGCUACGUCCAAAGAAGCUCCCCUGUGGCCACAUCUUGCAUUUUGCCUGUCUUCGCAGCUGGCUGGAACGACAACAAAAUUGCCCAACUUGUCGACGUCCAGUCAUCGCGCCGCCUAGUCACCGUGGCCACCCAGGUGCCGUGGUGAACGAUGGGCAAGGCAACGGGGUUGCUGGAGGACUGCAAGGGUUUCCUGCUGGGAAUCAGCCCCCUGGCAGGAAUGUACCUGCGGAUGGCUUGCCAAGGGCUCGUGUAUACCAGUUCGGACCCUUCCGGAUCGGGUUCGGCGCGGGCAGAGGAGACCUUUUCCACAACCUCCACCAGCAAAUUCAUCAAGGCAACGCUCCCUUGCAACCAGUAAAUAAUGGCAAUCCUGGAGCUAGGCAGAUUGGUUUCGGUUUUGGUUUCGGGCGGCCUCCACUGCCACCAACCAACUACCCCUCGCCGGCCCCUAGCAACGUCUCUAACAUGCAAAGCCACCUCUCACAACUGGAACAACAUAUUAUGCAAGAAAUCAACAAUCUCCGAGUAACCGCUGAACAGCUUCAUUUGGUACGCUUGUUACAGGCCGAGCUUCAGCGGCUCCGGAAUCUCCAGAAUACUCAAGCAAACCCCUUGGAUCUGUCCAAUGAUGUGUCUCAGAACCCUUCCAUUCCUUCGUCAUCCACAAUCACAACGACCCGCCGACAAUUUAUAUCAGACCCCGGAGCACCAGCCAUGGCCGCUGGCGAUAUUCGACUUCCAGAGGGACUAAGCCUUCCUCCAGGCUGGUCACUUCUUCCCCUUCACUCGGCUGAACAGAGGUCGGAUGGAAUGGCAAACCUGACACCUACCCCGACUGUUCCUGAGACAGACCCACCAGCACAGCCUUCUGGUCAUAUUCCUCAAUCUGAGACCUCCGCUCCUGUAGGGAAUACGGUUAAUGUAAGCCGGGAUGACCAAAGCCCUACUAUACAGAUGGAUCCUAGUUCUCAUGCACCGCCUGAUUGGCGGUCAGCAAUGGCUCCGGCAGCGUCAAAUGAUGAUACCGAACCAAUGUCUGAACAAUGGACAGAGGUGACUACUGAGGCACCGCUUGAAAAGACCAGCUCUUCGCCCCCUGGAAAUGCUGAGGACGACUAUCAGAGAGAUGAUGGUGUGGCAGGAGAGGGAUCAUCGUCGUCACCGUCUAAGGGCAAAGCGCGGGUGGCAACAGUGGAGGAGGUCGCGGAUGAUGAGACGUGACUUAGGGUUUCCCUCUAGAGCUUUCUUUCUUUUUACUUGAAGUACUUUC